GUCAUAGCAAUGGGAAACAACAAAACGAAACUUUUGCAGCGUUACGCGGGUAACUUAUACGAAGUCAUCCGAAGCUUUAUACUAAAACGCAGAAUUUGAAACAUUCCUGUAUAUUUUCUCGAGACUUCCACAUUAUAAGCAUGAUUCUCCCGACUGACUCCUUGCUGAAGUAUGAUUAUCCGGUGUUGGUGAGCAAGAAUACAGAGAGGAAGUCUCCAAGGAGUCGCCCUUUGAAAGUGAGUCCCCAACAGAUGGUAGAGAGCGGCCCAGUCCCUCCUCCACCCAAACCCAAGAGCCCCUCAGUUGAUGCCAGCAAACAGCAAACCGAAGAGAUCCUGAAUGCCAUUCUACCACCAAGGGAAUGGAUGGAGGACAACCAGUUGUGGGUGCAGCCGGUGUCCAGCGCUCCGUGCACACGCAUGGACGUUAUUCAUUUGCAAGAACAGCUGGACAGAAGCCUGCAGGGAAGGCAGGCCAGAGAGACGGGCAUCUGCCCUGUGCGCAGGGAGCUCUACUCUCAAUGCUUCGAUGAGUUAAUCAGACAGGUCACCAUUAACUGUGCCGAGCGGGGCCUCCUGCUGCUGCAAGUUAGAGAUGAGAUUCGCAUGACCAUCGCUGCCUAUCAAACACUGUACGAGAGCAGCGUGGCCUUUGGCAUGAGGAAAGCACUUCAAGCAGAGCAUGGAAUGGCUGACAUGGAGAACAAGAUUUUAGAGUUGGAGAGUGAGAAGCGAGAUUUGGAGAGAUUGUUGAACGAGCAGAAAGCUAAAUGUGAAGCCAUCGAGAGACGGGAAGCAGAACGGCGGGAAAUUGAGGAAAAGAAGCAUGCCGAAGAGGUUCAGUUCCUCAAACGAACUAAUCAGCAACUCAAGGCACAACUGGAAGGCAUAAUUACACUGAGGAAUAAGGCCUAAAUAUUAUUAGAAUAAUAAUACACUUACUGUCAUACCAUUUUAAUGAAUAAAACAUUUAUUAAAGCA